GGCUGAAGUACUUUCUCUGUAGCGCAGUCAGUGCAACCAGCGAUCGGGGGGCUACUGUCAUGAUGGUGAGCCUUAUAUGGGAUGGACCCUAGAGCUGCGUGGCUCUCUGACAUACACAAAUACAAUGUGAAGACUUGAGCCGGGCGCACUCUGCUUUAUCAGCAGCCUCGCGUUUAUUAUAUUACUGUACAACAGAAUAAAACCAGCCUUUGAUUGCACAACAGCCUCCCCCAACUCAGCACAUAGGGUGCCGUUAAAAAAAACGGAGCAGACGGAGGGCAAGGAAGAAGAAGAAGCAUGAAGCGGAGAAAGAUCGCUGUAGCAGCUGGGUUUUGCUUUUCCUUUUUUCUGGGCACUUUGAUGAAUCUGUUGUUCAUCCCCGGGUUUGAACACCACCAGAGCAACCGAGUGCAUCGCUCCGACCAGGAGGAAGAGCAUGCAGACCAUCUGCAGCCGCGAGCCGCGGAGAGGCGCGUUCACAGGGACUCUGUGAGCGCAGAGCCCCGCAGCAGCCACCCAGACCUGGCGCGGCAGAUCCACGAGAGGUACAAUGAGGUGGUCCGAUACCGCCAGCACCGAGCCCCCUGGUCAGAGACAGGGAACCCGCUUCGCCCGCUGGAGAGAAGAAGGCUAAUGGACCUUGCCCAGCGCGGCUCAUCGGAGCAACUCAAAGCAGCAGAAAAGAUGAACAGCAGACCCGUGGAUUUUAACCACGGAUCCUCCUUCUCACCCCUACCCGCCAAAGCAAAGCUCGACUUUGAUAUAAACCUGAAUAGAAAUAUGCACAAUCCGUCGCUGAUGGGCUGCAGCGAUAUAGACAACGUAACGAACGUGCAGUACCUGGGGUCAGGCUACACCAAGGCGGUGUAUAAGGCGGAUAUCAACGAAACCUUCUCCGUGGCUUUAAAAUCAGUGGAUUUCGGUGGGCACGACAUGGAAAACUGUGUCAAGAAGUACGCCUCGCCUGAAGCCUGCUACAGACUGGCGUCCUACAAGAUUGUGAAGGAGAUGACACUUCUUCAGCGACUGCAGCACCCACACAUUUUAAAGCUCCAUGGUUACUGUUACCAGGACAGCAAUGACAUCACUGACACCUUGACUGCCAUCACCGAGCUGGGCAACCCCCUGGAGAUGAUCCAGCUGCUGCAGACGUCCUGGGAGGAGCGCUUCCGAAUCUGCCUCUCACUGGUUCGUCUCCUGCACUACCUGGCACACUCCCCCCUGGGCUCGAUCACACUGCUGGAUUUCCGGCCCAGGCAGUUUGUCAUCGUGGAUGGGGAGCUGAAGGUGACGGACCUGGACGAUGCCAGCGCUGACAAGGCUCCCUGCUCCUCCAGUGCAGACUGCUUCAUGGAGUUCCCUGCUCGAAACUUCACCUUGCACUGCUCCAGCCAGGGUCUCUGCCAGAGCAUCAACGAGAAGAGGAACCUGUACAAUGCCUACAGGUUCUUCUUCACAUACCUGCUACCACACAGCGCACCUACAGCCCUGAGACCUCUACUGGACAGAAUAGUCAACUCUACAGGAGAGCUGCGCUGGGGGAUUGAUGAGACUCUGUCUGAACUGGAGAAGCUCCUCCACCUCUACAGCAACGGCCUGUACCUGCUGAACACGACCCAGGCCCCCCGAGCCGAGUACAAGCGAGUGGUUGGUGCCUCCAUUGCCGAUGAUAACUACCGCUGCUGGCCCUCCUAUAACCACGAGGGCUGCCUCCUGUCCGUCUUCAGCAUCCAAGAGGCCAUCGAUGUGUGUGAGAGCCACACCCAGUGCCACGCCUUUGUGCUGACCAAUCAGACUACCUGGACAGGUCACCAGCUGAUCUUCUUCAAGGCGGGCACUGCCAGUCUGGUUCCGGACCCUGAUAAAGUGACGUUCCUCCGAGUGACGGGCUGAAUGGAAGAUGAGACACACAGUAGAGCUCAAACACAGGGCCUUGAGCAGCUCCGAGCCAGCCUUCUCUCCUGAGCACAGGCUGAGGAGGCAGGGAGAGGGGAGGGCAGAUGGAGAGAGAGAGACACAGAGAAAUAUACUUGCACUACUUGCUCAUGCGUCUAUCUCUGGGGGUCGUGACCUCUCCAAGCAGGAGAUGAACCAAAAGACCCAGACAAACGUGCAAUAUCAGCAAUCAAAAAAUGUGAUGAUUAUUAUUAUUAUUAUUAUUAUUUUUAUUAUUAUUAUUAUUAUUAUUAUUAUUAUUAUUAUUAUUGUUAUUAUUAUUGUUAUUAUUAUUAUUGUUGUUGUUGUUGUUGUUGUUGUUAUUAAUAAUAAUAAUAAUAAUAAUAAUAAUAAUAAUAAUAAUAAUAAUAAUAAUAAUAAUAAUAAUAAUAAUAAUAAUGUUAUAAUUACUGCAUUAUUAUUAUUAUUGUUGUUAUUGUUGUUUUCACUCUGUAAUAUAGCUGCAAUUGCCUUGGAUAUAUUACUGUCGAGUAGAACUGUUUAUAACCCCCUCCCCUGGUCUGGAAACCAUGUAAAAAAAAGAUCUCAACCUCAGGGCACCAGGCUGUCAUCUGUUAUUUAAAAUCUGUUUAAAUAGUGCUGUGCAAUGGAAUAAGUGAUUGGCCAAAGCUAUAAGGGAAGGGGGAAUGUUUGGUUGGACUGUCAUACGAAUCUCCAAAGACUUGCUUACCUCAGCCCAACUGGCCUCUUUAGAAGUUAACAGCUGAGCAGAAAUCCCAGCAAAUUCAGCAGGGGAGCCGGAGGUCGAAGGAACGCGUUCUGGGAAGCUUUCCCUCAGAGCUGAGUGGUCCAUCGCCUGGUCCCUGGAGAGCUGAGCGGUCCAUCGCCUGGUCCCUGGAGAUCUGAGCGGUCCAUUGCCUGGUUCCUGGAGAGCUGAGUGGUCCAUCGCCUGGUCCCUGGAGAGCUGAGUGGUCCAUCGCCUGGUCCCUGGAGAUCUGAGCGGUCCAUCGCCUGGUCCCUGGAGAGCUGAGCGGUCCAUCGCCUGGUCCCUGGAGAUCUGAGCGGUCCAUCGCCUGGUCCCUGGAGAGCUGAGUGGUCCAUCGCCUGGUCCCUGGAGAGCUGAGUGGUCCAUCGCCUGGUCCCUGGAGAUCUGAGCGGUCCAUCGCCUGGUCCCUGGAGAGCUGAGCGGUCCAUCGCCUGGUCCCUGGAGAUCUGAGUGGUCCAUCGCCUGGUCCCUGGAGAGCUGAGUGGUCCAUCGCCUGGUCCCUGGAGAUCUGAGCGGUCCAUCGCCUGGUCCCUGGAGAGCUGAGCGGUCCAUUGCCUGGUCCCUGGAGAGCUGAGCUGUCCAUCGCCUGGUCUCCAGAGAGCUGAACAGUCCAUCGCCUGGUGCAGUCUGCCAGACAGGGCCUUGUUGAGAGGGAUCGAGGUACAUGCAGGAACAAGUAACCCAAAUGUCAGCUCGCUCAACUCAUCUCAAUCAACAGGGCUUGCUUUAUGAUUCUAUUACAUAAGAACAUAAGAAAGUUUACAAACGAGACGAGGCCAUUCAGCCCAUCCUGCUCGUUUGGUUGUUAGUAGCUUAUUGAUCCCAGAAUCUCAUCAAGCAGCUUCUUGAAGGAUCCCAGGAUGUCAGCUUCAACAACAUUAUUGGGGAGUUGGUUCCAGACACUCACAAUUCUCUGUGUAAAAAAGUGCCUCCUAUUUUCUGUUCUGAAUGCCCCUUUAUCUAAUCUCCAUUUGUGACCCCUGGUCCUUGUUUCUUUUUUCAGGUCGAAAAAGUCGACAUUGCCAAUACCUUUUAGAAUUUUGAAUGCUUGAAUCAGAUCUUUCUUCAAAACUGAAUAGAUUAAAAUUUUUUAGCCUGAAUGCAUACGACAUACCUUUUAAACCCGGGAUAAUUCUGUUCGCUCUUCUUUGCACUCUUUCUAGAGCAGCAAUAUCCUUUUUGUAACAAGGUGACCAGAACUGAACACAAUAUUGGAGGCUAUGUGGUCCAGUGGUUAAAGAAAAGAGCUUGUAACUACGAGGUCCCUGGUUCAAAUCCCACCUCAGCCACUGACUCACUGUGUGAUCCUGAGCAAGUCACUUAACCUCCUUGUGCUCUGUCUUUCGGGUGAGACGUAAUUGUAAGUGACUCUGCAGCUGAUGCAUAGGUCACACACCCUAGUCUCUGUAAGUCACCUUGGAUAAAGGCGUCUGCUAAAUAAACAAAUAAUAAUAUUCUAGAUGAGAUCUUACUAAUGCAUUGUAAAGUUUUAACAUUACUUCCCUUGAUUUAAAUUCAACACUUUUCACAAUAUAUCCAAGCAUCUUGUUGGCCUUUUUUAUAGCUUCCCCACAUUGUCUAGAUGAAGACAUUUCUGAGUCAACAUAAACUCCUAUGACUUUUUCAUAGAUUUCUUCUUCAAUUUCAGUAUCUCCCAUAUGAUAUUUAUAAUGCACAUUUCUAUUGCCUGCGUGCAGUACCUUACACUUUUCUCUAUUAAAUGUCAUUUGCCACAUGUCUGCCCAGUUCUGAAUGCUAUCUAGAUCAUUUUGAAUGACCUUUGCUGCUGCAAGUGUUUGCCACUCCUCCUAUUUUUGUGUCGUCUGCAAAUUUAACAAGUUUGCUUACUAUACCAGAAUCUAAAUCAUUAAUGUAGAUUAGGAAUAGCAGAGGACCUAAUACUGAUCCCUGUGGUACACCACUGGUUACCUCGCUCCAUUUCGAGGUUUCUCCUCUAAUCAGUACUCUAUGAACGUACUGUGCAGCAUCUGAGGAACAGGUAUUCCAAAAGCAGUUCUAUUUUAUAGAUAAUCUUGAGACUUGAAUUGUAGCAGCAACUGAUUUAACUGGGGGCAAAAAUAGUGUGGCGUUUGGAAUUGGAUUCCGAGGCUGUUUGGUGUUUAGUCUUGUUAUUUCAGCCUCAGGUCCCUCCUCCAGCAUUGUAAAGUGGAAGGGGUCAAACAGCAGCAGCAGCAGUAGUAGUUGGAGAAAUUAAAGAUUUCAUUUCUAAAUGAAAAUGAAGUGUGUAUAUCUGAAGAGGAAACAAAGCUUGUCUACAGUAUUUGCUUUCAGUGAAAGCAAUAAAAUAAUCAAACUUAACUAUUAAAAAUGACCAUUGUCAUCAAUCGUCUGUUGUGUUUUGUUGUUUUUUUUUUUUGUAGCUUGUAUCAUUUUGAGAUUUGCAGUAUAUAAUAAUAAUAAUAAUAAUGUUUAUUUUUGUAUUGAAAAAUAAAAGAAUUGUGCUCUGUG